CAAGCUGCGCGCGACGUUACGCGAGGAGAAACGUGCCUAAUUAUGCUGAGGAACAGAAAACAACUGGACUUUUGUUCCACCAAAAGACCAAAAAAUGACCAAUGACUGGAUAAACGUAUUGGCAUUGUGCGCUCUUUGCUUGGCUUUAUUCGCAAACGCUGGACAAACUUUUGAAAGUAAAGUUGCUCAGUUGUUAUGGGAUGAGCCAGAGAAUAUUAAAUGCUUUUCUGAGCGGAUGAGAGACUUGACCUGUUUCUGGGAGGAAGAGAUGGGAAGCAAUAACUUGCUUGAUCAAUACACGUUCACCUACAUUUACCAAUACCAGAAUGAAAACAGCAGCGUGUGUGCUGUGUCUGAAUUGCCUAUGCAGGGGGCUGGUGGUAAGAGACUGUUCCUCUGCAGAAUUCCCCAAAUUCAGUUCUUUGAACCACUCCACCUGUGUGUGUUCCAGGGUGAAAGGAAACUAUACAACCGCACUCUUUUAAUCGACCAAGUCCUUUUUCUGGAUCCCCCUACUAACCUUACUGUGGUGAGCACAGGAAAGCAAGGGGAACUGAAUGUGAGCUGGUGGCCUCCUGCUGUCAAGUAUAUUGAUGACAGUAUGAUGUAUGAGACCAGAUAUGUGACAAAGGGGAGUCCCAUGAGAAAGGAAAUAGUAAAGGCCAGCACGAAGCUCACCCUGCGUGGCCUUCAAUCCAGCAGCAAAUAUAAAGUGUUUGUCCGUGUCAAACCUGACGGCAUCACAUAUAAUGGUUAUUGGAGCACUUGGACUGAGCCAGAGUUUGGGACUACAUCCCCAAGUGACAUGGACCCCCUGAUUGUUGUUCUGGUUCUCACCAUCUCUCUGAUCUUCAUCCUGCUGUCACUAGCUGUGCUUUGGUCCCACCACAAAUUCAUUUUAAUGAAGUUGUGGCCUGACAUUCCUUCACCUGAGCACAAGUUUCCAGGCCUGUUCACCAUCUACAAAGGAGAUUUCCAGGAGUGGUUGGGCCAGAGUAAUGGCAGCAGGUGGCCAGUUCACAUGUACACCGAGGAGCUUCCUUCCCCUCUGGAGGUGCUGUCUGAAGUCAGUGUGAUGCCACGGAUUUCAAGUCACACAUCACACCUAAGGCUACCAGCAACCCCAAGGACAACUACUUUCCUUACGGAGGAUCCACAGGUCAUGGAAGAGGUGAAAGAUCAGAUAGAAAAUAGGGGCGUGGAUGCAGUUUUUAUUGGACAAUGGCAAGAACCUUCCCAUACCCACUGGUUGAAGGAGCAGUUAAGGGCCUUUCAAGAGCAUCCGGAGGUCCUUUCUAAGUUGUCGCUUCUUGAGUCUCAAGACACUUACGUCACCCUCAAUCAAAACUCUCAAAAUGCCCGGGAAGAAGUGCAAAGGGAGGGCAGCCUGGAGGAAACGUUACCCCUGCAGGUCCUCUUCGACAGCAAAGGGACCUCUUUGUCAGCAGCUUCGCAUUCCGAUAUUGGCUCCCUCCAGCAAAGUUCCAGGUCUGGAAGACUUUCAUCACAGUCAAGCUUUGAAUAUCCAAACCACAUGUUUCCGCCAAAAGAACCAGGAUAUACAUACAUGGCUGUUGCAGACUCAGGAGUUUCCAUGGACUACAGCCCAAUGAGUGCCAGCAGAAUAUCAGACAUAGGGAAUGGCACAAUCUAUGCCAAUGAGUACAAAAAUGACAUUCUCGGACACAGACGACCGCUCUUUGGUCAAUGCGUACAUUCUGGGUGAUGGGCCAAUAAAUGUGUGGAACAUCAAAAUGACAUCACACAAAUCAGUGGUAAGAAGGAUCACUAGGAACGCCAAAUGCCCAUGCCAAGAGAGAGAAAAGUCGUGUGAGGAAAUGCAUCCUUUAUGACCACCCAGCGAUGCAUAUAAUGCCAAAAUGCCCUUUUCAAUGCAGCCUUACACUUGAUAAAUGAAGGACAAGGAACAUACUUAAUGCAAAUAAUACAAGAUUCAUUUUAUGCAUUUUGUGUUCCAAACUGUGUCAGGAUGCAAUACAUAAUGCAAAUGCAAGCUGCAUUCUGAACAUUGCAGCCAGGGGCACUGUAGCAGCUGAGUCUUCUUCUUUGCUCAUAUGUCUGUUUUGGCAAAGCAGUUGAAUGAAGAUUUCACCAGAGUGGGUUUGGCAGUAUAAGCACUCAUGAAACUUCAUAAGGUCUACAUUCACUUUGCAACUGUGGACAACUGUGAACUAAAAGUGUAAACAGCUUUGGGACUGAUUGUACUUAUGGCUUAAUGACUAUUGAUAUUCAAAAUAUCCAUUAGGUACAGAACGCACAUUAGGUACGGACAACACACCUUAUGUUGCCAUUGGUACAUACUCAAGUUUGUGCCUAGCCUAAGAAUCUCACUCAAGGCCGGCAGGAUAAAAUAAGCUAUUAUUUUGUAGGUACUAUAUUUUUGUAAGUAAUAACUCUGAAGAUUAUUGUAUAUUUUGGUACAGCACAUCACAUAAUUUUUUUUUUUACAUGCAAACAUUUAUGUAAAUAGUAAAAGGGUUUACUUGAUGUAAAACGUGUAAAUACAUUUUUACUGGUUCUGAGUUUUUAAUACAGCAAUAUAGCCUUAGAUUACAUGCAGUAUGUUUUCUUGUUGAUUACUAAAAGCAAGGGUAUAUAAUGAUGUACGUGUUGAAUGCAUUUUAUUGUCAAGCUAUUUGCAUCAUGUUUAAAACAUAGUGCUGGUUUUAUUAAACUAGACUUCACUGUACAUUAAAAAAAGAAUUGUUAAACUGUUUACCAGUGCGGCCAAACUGUGCAAAUCUGUUUAACACUAUUUCCAAGUCUUUUGUAGACUAAAUAUAAUACACAUAAAUAUAUAUUUUGUAACAUACUAAGCAUUUCCUUGUUUUUAUUUUGCUUAAUUACUUUUGCAUGUUUAAUUCCAGCACAGAAAUGUUAAAUUAAUCAUUAAAACAAUGUGAACCCACAGAAUCUUUCUCCCACUGUACUAGUGACAUGUUACAUUUUACGUAGUUGUUCAGGUGGCACAUAGCAUAAUAAAUGAAAAAACAUAUAGUGCAUUAAUAGUAAAUGUCAUUAUCAUCUGCAUUUUAACAUUUUAGUUUUAGAAAAAAAGUCCAUACUCUAGUAAAUAUGACUAAAUAAAAUUAAGAAAAACUCACUGCAUAUAUAACGCUGUAGUAAACAAUCACCUGUUCUUUAAAAACAGUCUAAUAAAGUAUAAAUAAUUAUUUUAAUAAUGAAACUUUAGGUUUGGGGUUUUGUGUGACAAAUCCAUUUGAAUUGUUCAGCUGCCUGAAUUCUUUUUAAACUCGUAUAUGUAUUGUGCAAAAGAUUGUAUUUUUUUUGUAACAAUUACCAUGUUUUCAUGUUAAAUAAAUUACCACAGGUUUAUGUUGUUUGUAUAAACAUUUCCGAAGUAUUUCUUAAAUGUUAUUAUUCUUUAAAAGGUCCAUAUGGUGAAAUCUUGGCUUAAGUGGUUAUUGGAUUAACUACAGCAAAAUAUUUUUUGUUUAAACAGUUGUUAUCGUAUCUUUACCCUUCAUUUGCAAUAGUAAGAUCAAUAAAGUACUGACCAGUGCACCUUUAAAUCUUAUAAUUACAAAGAUACAAUAAAC